GAUGAUUCUGUGUGUGUGUGUGUGACUCUGGGAAACCUGCGGUUAGGACAGAUGUGACAUCACUGGAGGUUUUGACAACAGGGGUUAAAACGACAGUCUGUGCUGAAAUCACUCAGCAAGACUGGUUUCUACUGUAUGACCACUGUCAAUUACCUGCUCCAACAUUGAGCUCAGCAGUCUGGGUGUGGAGACAUGCACUGGGACAAAUCGCCCCCAGCAGGCCAGGCCAGUGCUAGGCCCUACCAAGGGGUGCGUGUCCGAGACCCAGUCAAGGAACUGUUGAGAAAGAAAAGAGGACUUGACCCCCACAGCACCAGGACAGCGCCAUCUGCAGCAGGUCCGGCCACUGUCAUCAGCCUGCCAUCAUACUCACAAGUCUAUCAGGUUGACUUUGACGCAGUCGGAUGCCCCCCCAGCCCCUCCACCCCCCCAGCAGGCAGUGAGGGAGGGGGGCAGUGUGCUGGCUGGGUUGCCCCUUCUUCAGAACCCACCAGUGCCUUUUGGCCCUGCCAUGACUAUCACCAGCAGAAUGACCUCAUGACCUUUAGUAGCACAACUUUUACCCCGACGACUUUCAGCACUGCGACCUUCACCCCCUCGACCUUGAGCUACCCCAGUGGCCCAGCGAUGGCGGGGGAGGUUUACAUGCAGUCAGUGUGUCCCAGCUACACGGUCCUGGCCCCACCCUCUGUACUCACCUACACGCACACACCACUUUUCACCAACUUUGGGACCAUCCCUGUGUCCUCUGGAUCCCCCCACUUCCCCCAGGUGGAACUUCAGGAUGUUGCCUACAUCCCCUGGGCCCAGCCCUUUGCCUCCCUGCCUUCUGUACCCACCCAAGCCUCCAUACCCACCCUGCCCACACUCUCCAACCUCCAUUCCACAGGGGUCCAGUUUGCCACCUGUUCUGCCACCCUGCCCGGGACCUUGCUCCCCAUGGCACUGCCGCUGAGCUCCCUGCCUCAGACCAAUCCCCAGACUGAUGGGCGGCACACCCCUCAGACACUGGAGGAGGCCCUGAAAGAGGCCUUGGAGGUGGACCCAGGCCCUGACCAGCAACCAGAGCCUAUGAACCCUCUGGAGAUGCUUCUGGAAGAACAGGUGGAGGCAGACGAGGAGAAAGAAGAGGAGGAGGUGGAAGAACAGGAGGAGGGUAGAGAGACAUUUCGUCCCUUGCUCUUCACAUCUGUUAUCUGAAGCCUCAGUUUCAUGUAAUUAGAGAACCUGUUCUGUCAUAAAUAGUUUUAUGUUUUUCUUUUCUGAUGAAGCCUCUUGUGAGUAUUACAGUCACCAGUUACAGUAUUGCAUACAUUUGCUUUAGUACUACAUGACAUAUCUAGAUCUAGAUUAGGGUAGGGUUCCUACCACGUCAUUUGAGCCUGUCCUCUUCUCCUUUGUCUUCUUCUCCUCUCAAUCUCUUCCUUGCUUUUUCUUCAUUUGCCGCUCCAUCCCUUCCCUUCUCUUCUCUCGUUCUUCUCGUCUUUCUCACUCCUCUACUCCAUGACACUGAUAGACCUCCGUCCUCAGCCUGCCCAGUCAACCCCGGCCAGGGGCAGGUCUGCAGGGUGGAGCUGGUCCAGAUGCUGGUCUGGGACUGGGCCAGAAGGAUUUACACCAGGUUACAAUGCAAGGAAUGUGAAUGGAUCACUGAUAAAUGUGUCAGUCCUUAUCUCUCCUCCCCCCCUGGGAAAUUGGUUUGCCCCAUGGGGGGCAACUGCCUGAGUAGUGGCUGGAGGGAAGGCAGGGGAGGGGGGGUGGGGUGGGGUGAGGGCAACUGUCGCCACUGCCUGGUUCAACUGAGAGAGUUACUGUGAUCCAUGUGUUGAGAUGUGUUAAGUGUAUUCAUAACAAUAAAGUGAUGACAGCCUUCGAGAGACCCUGACAUUUCAUACAAAGAGCUCUUCUAUUUCCCCAAAAUAUACGAUUUCAAUCAUCCUCUCUACAUGUCUGUCUGAGCAGAGCAUCUGAGUUUACAGAACCGUCGCUCUGUCCAUCUAUUUGUCUGUCUUUCUGUCCAUUGCUUUAGUAGGUAGGCUGCUGGCUUGUUCUGAUCGACUAGUAGGCAGGAGCCUGAUGGGCUGUUCCACGAAGCAACAGAAGAGUGCACAGUCGUCGCCUCUACCACCCCCUCACAAGCUACCCCCUUCUACCCUCUCGCUCCCUCCCUCCCCCCUCUGCCCCUGGCCUUUCCCUUUCCCCUUCCCGAAGUGUGGCAGAAUCAAAUUCCUGUUAAAUUAGUUUCUCUGAGGGCUGUGCUUGAACAAGCACUCUAGGAUGCUGCAUUUAAUUGUCUGUUUUGAUUGUCCUAAUGUGUGUGUGUGUGUGUGUGUGUGUGUCUUGUGCAUCUGUGAGUACACGCUUGUGCAUGUGUGUGCAUGCUAUCGAACCACAUUGUUUUGGAUAGAGUCAUAUAAUUGCCUGUUCUUCAUCAGCCUCAUGGCACCAUGUCAGAAACACAUUCUCUGACAGGCUUCGUUAGAGAGCUCAAAGUAUUAAACAAACAUGCUUCACUGAUGGAAAGCUGUUAGUUUUUUUGUGUUGCACCAUAUGAAAGAAUUUAACAUUUGACCUAUUAUCUUGGCAAUGAA